AUGCGACAAGAUAGGGGGCGAAAGGUCGCUAGAACUAGGGAUCAACGUGAUGAAAAGCACCCUAGACCCCCCACUGGAAGAUUCACCAAUUUCACCCCAUUAACCGCCCCGAUCGACCAAGUAUUGAUGCAAAUCAAAGAUGAAGGAGCAUUGAAUUUCCCUGGAAAGUUGAAGGGAGACCCCAACAAAAGACCAAGAGACAAGUAUUGUCGCUUUCACCAAGACCACGGGCACGACACAGCCAACUGCUACGACUUGAAGCAGCAGAUUGAGGCCCUAAUCAGGCAGGGGAAGCUACAGAGGUUCGUCAGCAAGGAAAGAACUGAUACACCGGAGGAACAGGCCCCACGACAAGAAAACGAGCGCCCUAGACCACCCAUAGGGGACAUAAGAAUGAUCGUAGGGGGCACAGCCACAGUCGGAUCUUCCAAGAAAGCCCACAAAACCUACCUCAAGAUGGUCCAUAGCGUCCAACUCACAGGAUCCGUACCAAAGAUGCCGCGAAUAGAUAACCCCGUCAUAAAAUUUUCAGAGGAUGACGCUAGGAGACUUUACCAUCCUUAUGACGACGCGCUAGUGGUCAGCUUGCAGAUUGGGGAUUAUAACAUGCACCGGGUCCUCGUCGACAACGGCAGCUCAGCAGACAUCCUGUACUAUCCAGCAUUCCAACAAAUGAGGAUCGACAGGUAA